CCUGAUGGUAGCAGAGAGUACCCAUUUCAUUUUUUGAUUUGCUGAGCAAGGCGGAGGAAAGGAAGCGGUUAGUUAACUUGAAGUCGUAUCCAUAUGGUAUCAAGAGACCUUUUGGCGGGCUUUGUUGCUAAUUUCGAUAUUUGCAGUCAUAACAUAAAGGUGAUUGCCAUGCUUCCUGUCAUCGUGGUCCACGGAGGGGCUGGCGUUGUGCCAAAUGAAAAGUCAAAGGAGUCCGCUGCUGGGGUUUGCGCAGCGGCUCGAUCCGGGUAUGUCAUCCUCCAGCGGAGGGGAAGCAGCAUGGAUGCUGUGGUUGAGGCUGUGACCAAGAUGGAGAAUAACCCCAGUUUCAAUGCAGGGUGUGGAUCGGUGCUUACCAACAAUGGCAAUGUGGAAAUGGAUGCCAUUGUGAUGGAUGGCAAAACACUGGCUUGUGGUGCUGUCUCUGCUGUACGCAAUAUAGCCAACCCUGUGCAGCUAGCGAGACUGGUCAUGGAAAAGACCACACAUACUUGUCUGACAGCUCAUGGUGCUAAUGAGUUUGCCCGGGCCAUGGGUAUCCCUGAGGUGCCCCAAGAAUCCCUCAUCACUAAAUACGCCCGAAUGCGGUGGGAAAAAAACCUGGCACCUGAUGCCAACCCUGUGGAGUGCCAAAUGGGAAAGAUGGGCACCGUUGGAGCUGUGGCAGUUGACAUUGAAGGCAAUGUAGCAUGCGCUACUUCCACUGGUGGGAUUCUGAACAAGAUGGAAGGACGUGUCGGUGACACACCUUGCAUUGGAUGUGGAGGCUUUGCUGAUAAUCAGGUGGGAGCUGUGUCAACCACUGGCCACGGAGAGGCCAUUAUGAAGGUUACUCUGGCCAGACUCAUCCUGUUUCACAUGGAGCAAGGUCAGUCAGUGGAGGCAGCCUCUGACUUGGGCCUGGCCUACAUGAAGUCAAGAGUUCAGGGAUUGGGUGGAGUGGUGACUGUGGAUCCACAGGGUCAGUGGGCUGCUCGCUUCAGCAGUCUUCAAAUGGCCUGGGCUGCAGCACAAAAGGAUACCCUACACUAUGGCUUGUACACCGGGGAAAACCUUACCCAAGGCAUUGAUGAACCUUGAUGAGAGACAACACACCACUCAGGGAGGUUUGCUGAUUUUAUUUCUUUGUUUAAAAUCAAAAAGUUAUCCAUCCAUUCAUCACUAUAUUUUUGGAGUGUCGUUGGGGAAGUUACAUGGGUACACAAUGAACGUACACUGCCAAACAGCCUUUAAAGGUUAGCAUCAACACCACUGUAUGGAUGAGUUUGUAAUGAAAUAUUUCAUGAUAUAAUUUGAUGGCAAUCUCGUUUCUGUUAGUGAUUAUGAUUAAUUUUGCAGCUAAUCAUGUUGAUGUGGUUCCUGUUUGUAGCCACUAGAGGGUGCUAUUGUAAAUGAAACACCGUAAAAUGGGAAGUGGGUCGACAAUACAAUAUUUUCGAUACUUGUCCCAGUCUGUAUAUUAAUGACAUGAAGUGUGUUAUUACGUCAGAUUGCAAAAAAAUAAAAUAUUUUGAGGGAU